AUGUGCCAUUUUAAAAGUGAACAUUAUUUAAAUAAAAAUUGUUUGGAUAGUCAAUGGAAAUGGUCAAAAUCAACUGAAAUUAAUUCAAAAGCAAUUUUACUUGAUAAUAAUAAACAAAUAUUAUUUCAUCCAAGAACAAGUUCAUCAACAGAAGUUAUACUUGCUGAUCAACCAUUACCAUCAAAUGGAAAACAUUAUUGGGAAAUAUAUAUGCCUGCUGUCUAUGGAACAUCAAUUAUAUUUGGCAUUGCAACUAAUGAACAACAAUUAAUAUCGUCAUCAUUUACAAAUUUAAUUGGAAUUGAUCAACAUGGUUGGGGAUUGUCACAUCAGGGUUUAUUAUGGCAUAAUGGAAUUUCACAUCCGUAUUUAUCUCAACCUAUAGAACCAUUAAGGCCAGUUUUAAUUGGUUUAGAAUUUGAUGCGGAUGCAAGAACACUGUCAUAUACAAUUGAUAAUCAAUCUAUGGGAAUUGCUUUUCGUUCUAUACCAACAAAUGUCUUGAUUUAUCCAGCAGUAUCAUCAACGAGUGCACAAAGUACAAUGAUUCUAAAACAUUGUUGUAAAAUAUGUACGUCUUUAAGUGAAAUUUGUUUGAAAUUAAUUAAAUCAUCUGAGUUAAAAAAUAAGAUCAAUUAUCAAUUGUUACCUCGUCAUUUAAUUGAACAAUUGAUUAAGAAUGGAAAUAUUGAAAAUCAAGGUCAAUGUAAAACUUCAAUGCAUUGGGAUGAAAUUUCUUGGGAUGGAGGAAUAUGUGCAAGUAAACUAUCAGUUGAUGGUCAAUGUUCAAAUAAUACACAUUGUAUUGUAUCAUAUGGUUAUAUUUUGUAG